GAAAAUGGAUCCUCCCGAUACCCCCAAAUAUGACCCUUCAAAGCCGGGCAAUCUCGGAGCUUUCGCGGCGCGCUAUCACGAGGCUUGUCGGCAUCAUGCAAGCAAUGAACUGCUGAUCAGGGAUCUUAUCCAGUAUAACGACAGUGUUGAGACGUAUUUCCACCAGGAGCUCAAUGCUUUAGAAAAGAAAGCUAGCGAUCUGCAGCUUGACCUAAAUAGCUCGGAGAGGACUCGAAGAGAUCUCAAGCAAAGACUGGAUGAGAUGGAAACCAAAUUGGGUUAUGUUCCGGAUCGCAACCUUUACGUGGUGGUCCUCAUCGAUGGGGAUGGACUAAUUUUCAAGGAUAACUUCGUUAAGAAGGGUAUCGAAGGCGGAAAGAAGGCAGCCAACGAGUUACUCAAAGCCAUAAAUGAAAAGUUUAACUCCGCCGAGACCACUUCAGUCACAGUUAUUGUUAAUAUCUUUGCCAAUGUCACUGGCCUUGCUAAAGCUAUGAAGCGUGAUGGUUGUGUUGCUGACAAGCACGCCUUGCACGAUUUUGUGACAGGCUUCAACCAAGCCAACGUAUCAUCCACCUUUGUGGAUGUCGGGUUUGGUAAAGAAUUAGCUGAUGCGAAGAUCCUAGAUUCUCUUAGGUUCCACUUGAAAAAUUUCAACUGCAAGAAAGCGGUAUUAGGUGUUUCUCACGACGCCGGUUAUGCCCCGUUCUUAGCAAAUAUGAUUACCGAUGAUACCAAGGAACGUAUGGCCCUUCUUGAGGGAACUAAGACUGUUGUAGAACUCGUUGCCCUAGGUCUCCAAAUUUUCAAUGUCCCAAGGCUUUUCCGCCAUGAGAAGCUAUCGGUAAAGCCGCAAGAACAAUCUCAACAAGUCUCACCGGCCACCUCCCCCUCCCCCUCUCGGUCUAAGCCGUGCAGGCCGCCCAACGUGUCCAGCAGUGCCGCCUCAUGGGCAGCUAUUGCUCGCACAAUGCCAAGCCCGCCCCCUCGGAUCAGCCUGCCGAUUCCUUCUAAGGCAACGGCCACGCCAACACGAGCGAGUCGGCCACCUCCAGCGCCAUGGAACCCGGGACCCCGGGGACUGGACCCGCCGAUUCGAGUUGACCAAGUCGUCUUAGAGCGUCUUAGAAAGAGGAAGGACUGCCAUAGGCUAUGUAACAACCACUUCCUUCGAGGUCCUUGUACUAGGGGUAAAGAAUGCAAUUUCACGCAUGACUAUUCCCCCACAGAGGAGGAGAAGAAAGCCAUUGCCAUCUUCGCCCGCUCGAACCGCUGCAUCUUAGGACAGGAAUGCAAAACCAUGGACUGUAUCUACGGUCACCAUUGUCCUUGCGUUACUGAUGGCAUAUGCCUUCACCCGCACUGCAAGUUCCGUCUGGAUGAGCACCCCCCCGGAACUAUGUUUAGAGGUCGCAGACCGAAGGAUGAUAGUGAGGCCCGCAGCGAGAGCUAUAGUUACGACGGUGAUGCCAAAGAUAUUGAUUAAUGAUCUAACGGCCCACGGCCUUUCUUCUCUGUC